ACACCGAACACUUGUCAACAAUGUCAAAAAUUUUCAUUUUCAAAUUGUGUUGAAAAAAAUUCAGAACUGAAUUUGAUAAUUUUAAAAAAUAUAUAAGAAAAUGGCUGAAGAUAAUUCUGAUAAAUAUGAUGCAGCUGAAUUAGAUAGUUUAAAAUCAUCCGAUGAGGAGGCUGAAACAAAUGUUAAGGAUCAAGAGCAAACAGUCACCGAAAUACCCCAACCCAAGUAUACGGAUGAAGAACUUAUCAAACUAGUCGACUAUGUGCAGCGCAUGACAAUGCUUUUUGCUCUCGAUCAUCGUGAUUGGACCGAGAGUACACUCGAUAUGAUAAGACGUUGGAUAAUGGAAGUUAAUGAACCUUUAUUAACCAUAUUCUAUGAUGCCAAUAAAUUAACAGCCUGUUUGGGAUUUCCCAUUGCUCCAGUGGCAGAUCUUACUUAUUUUAGUCGAGCACCUAAUUGUAUGUUUACCGUCGACGGCUUUCACGAUGAAGUUAAUUUCGGCACUAUACACGAAGAUGUAGAUUUUUGUUUGCUUAAGGUUUUACAAUUUGUUUACGCUCCCAUAUUUAGUAAUUAUACCGAUUGGAAUGAGAAUGUAAAGUCGAGAUUUUGUCAGGCCAUGGAUCGUUUUUUGUCUUAUCUGACAAAUUUGAAUUCCAAAAUGGCAGGCAUGACUUUACUGUAUAUACCCUAUGUGGUGAAACAAAUGGAGCGUGAAAAUGUGGCUCAUGAUAGGGAAUUUGUUAAGAAUAUGGAAUCAAUUGUAGUGUUCUGGACAAAUCAGAUUAGAACUUUACUAAGUGAUAAGGUUCUGGUGGUACCUCACGAUUUGGUGGUACUGCAAGAGGAAUAUGAAUUUUGGUUGUAUAGAUUUGAAGUUUUACAUGGCAUCGAGACCCAAUUGGAUCAGGAGGAUGUGCAAAAUAUUAUUAAAGUUUUAAGAGCUUCUCAUUCGGUUUAUAUUAAACUGAUUGAUGCUUUAAUUAGUGAAUGUCAUUUGGAGGUGGAGGAAGCUAAAUCGAAUAUAAAAUAUCUGCAUUUAUUAGUUCAGCCCUGUGCCCAAAUCGAAAACGCCAAAAGCCCCGCUGAGGUGCCGGCACUUUUGCCGCGCAUUAUAAAUUUUAUACGUUAUAUAUGGUUGAAUUCCCCCUUCUAUAAUAGAAAGGACUUGAUCACCAAUCUGUUUCGAAAUCUAAGCAAUCAAAUAAUACGUUUUUGUGUGGCCCAAACUAAUGUGGAUGUGAUAUUGCAGGGAAAGUCACGAUUUGGCAUUAAAAUGUGCAAUAUGUCCAUAGAUUGUUGUCUUUCCUAUAAGGCGAUUUAUGAGCGCAUGAGCAAAACUCUAGUGGAAACAACACCCAAAUUAGGUUGGGAUCUAGACAAUGCCAUGAUCUUUAAUCAUGUAGAUGCCUUUAUUGAGAGAUUAAACGAUCUUAUAGACAUUUGUGAAUCCAUGAUAGUUUUCGCACGUUUGGAUGAAGAUGAAGCUAUACCUAGGCCACGUUUUGGCGGUACUAAUGGCAAGGAGUUUGAGAAAACUGCCGAAGGUGUGGAAACUGAAUUUCUGCAAUUACUUACGGCCUUGAAAACUGAUUCAAAGGAUUUGAUUUUAAAUGUACACAAAAAUAGCUGGUAUUUAGAAGUUCUCAAAUAUCGACGCACCAUACAAAGUUUAGAGGAAACUAUACAACGGCUUAUGUCGAAUGCCUUUCAAAGUGUUUGCAACAUAGAAGAGGCUUUAGAGGUCUUGAACGUUAUAUUAUUUUACUCCUAUCGUUCUACCAUAAGAAAAACCUAUUUAAAUAUGGCCAGCAAAGUGUGGAAUAUGUUUGUUAAUGAAAUGAAUUCGACCUCGAAAAUGCUUAUGGAUCGUGUUAAGGUGCAUGAAUCGUGGUUAAACUAUUAUGCCUCUCGAGCAGUAGCCUAUCGUAUUAGUAUCGAACGUUUGCAGUGGCUAAGGGAUCGUCUUAAGAAUUCCCACUGGCUACCAGCAGUACCCGAAGCUGCCGGAGCUUUAGCCAAAUUUGAGAAUGUUAAAAAAGAUUUUCAACUAGCCUCACGCAAAACAUUUGAAGACUGGGUUAAGAACUGCAGCAGCACUAAUUUGCUGGGCCGUUUAGAGCGUACUCUUCUAGUGAGAAGUAAAAUCAAAAAAGGUCUGCUAGAAUGCAACAUAGAUCGUUCGGUCUUAAACAUAUGUCAACAGGCACAACAUUUCGAACAACUAGGAUUUCAAAUACCCAGUACCAUACGUAAACUUUAUGAAAAAUAUGCCACAUUAAAUUUUGUCUAUAACAGUGUCAUAACCGUUUGCAUGGACUACAAUCGUAUAUUGACCGCUUUGUCGGAAGAUGAACGUAAACUAUUUCGUGCCCUAAUACAAUCUUGUGAUCGUAAAAUUGCACCCGGUCUCUUUAAAUUGACUUGGGGUGGAGAGUUUAGUGAUGCCUAUAUAGUGGAUUGUGCUAAACAUACCACAAAGUUACAGACUUCUUUGGAUAUCUAUAAACGAGCUAAUCUUAAUAUAAGAAAAAUUUGUGAACAGAUUUGUGAUACGCCUCUAUUGAAGUUUACCUUGUCGGGUGCUGUGGAGUUGUCAGUUUUUGAAUUGAAUAUAUCGGCUUUUAAUCGCCGGGCAACUAAUGAAAUAUUAAAUUUAUAUGAUACGAUUAUAGAUUUACUUUUUGCGGUAUUUAAGGAGUUUCAAUAUGUUAUAGAAGAGAUGGCCGCAGAAUGGUAUGACUAUGUCAAACAAUUUGACAAUAUGUUGGCAGAGGCACUCAUGAUUUGUGCCCGAAAUUCCCUUAACAAUGUCUACAGUUCAUUAAAAUCCGAAGGAGAUAUCAAUCCCGCUCCCUUAAUUAUCCUCAUGGCCGAUAUUGAAGAUAAAGAUAUAGCACUAAAGCCAGAUAUGGAAACUAUUGAAAUGUUGCUGACCAAGAUGUAUGAUCGUAUAUUAAAUAGUCUAAACAGUGUACCACGUAUAGCGGCUAAACUAGAAUUGCCAGCAAAACUUAUUGGUCCAACAUUUGCAGAACUAAUGAAAACCGAUGUUAUUAUUAUAGAGACACAAGAUAAAAUUUUAUUGGAGCUGGACUAUAAUAAGGAGGAAAUCGAAAGAUUUAUAAUAAGUUGGAAUGAUUUUCAAGAUAUUUGGGAUAUGGAUGAAAAAAAGUUUAUAGCAAAAAUUGAAGAAACAAAUCAGGAGGCUGAAAUUUUCGAAGAUAGUAUUGAAGCGUAUAGUAAUCAGGCGGAAAUAAUAGCAACUAGGGAUGCUAUAGUGAAUGUAUACUUUUUAAUGAUUAAUCAAAUGUGCUUGAAAAGUUCCAUAUUGGAUUAUAUAGAAAAAUGGCAAUUGUUAAAUAUUAAACUUUUGACUAAGAGAGCUUCUUCAAGAAUUAAAAGUGUUUACCGUUAUGUCAAACGUAAUGAGAAACGUAUAGCUGUAGUGCCGCGCACUUUAAAAGAGGCCCGAGAAGCUACCAUUUUAUUUAAUCGCUUAACCCAGGAGGUUCCGGUCAAGCAAGCUGAAUUUCCAGAUAUAUUUGAUUUGUUUAAGGUCUUGGAUAAAUAUCAAAUAGAAAUUUCUGAUUCGAUCAAAGUAUUGGUCUUAAAUUUAUCAUCCACAUGGGAAAACUAUUUAAAGAAACUUGGCGAAGCUGGCGAUAUGUUGGAUAAUACAAAGGAAGACUUUAAACAAAAUCUACUAACUCAGGCAGAGAAAUUUCGUAAUAUUAUUAAGGAAUUUUUAGCUGAUUUUAUGGUGAAAUUACCUACCUCUGCACAAACAAAUCCUAAAAUAGCUUUAAAAUAUCUAAAAAUUAUCGAAACUAAAGUAGCAGAUUGUUUUAAGUUUGAACAAAGUUUAAUAAAUGAUUUAUCGACAUUUUUUAUCAAUCAACCGGAAAAUUUGGACUUGAAAAAACUCAGCACUGAAGUCCAGAUAGUUAAGGGUAUUUGGUCUUUGAUUUCGGAAUGGCAAAAUGCUUGGAAUGAGUGGCGUGUGGGAAAUUUUUGGAAAAUCAAUAUUGAUAUAAUGGAAGAUACAGCCAUUUCAUUGUAUAAAGAGUUUAGUGCUCUCAAUAAGAAGUAUUAUAAUCGGGCCUGGGAUAUGUUAAUUGUUACUACUAAAAAUCUUGAUAGUUUUAGAAGAACUUUACCGCUUAUAACAGCUCUAAAGAAUCCCUGUAUGCGUAAAAGACAUUGGGAUCGUGUUAGAAACUUAAUGCAGGUCGAUUUUGAUGAGAAUUCCAAGAAUUUCACUUUAGAAUUAAUAAUAAACCUAGAUUUCCAGGCGUAUUCGGAGGAUAUACAAGAUAUCUCGAAUGCUGCCACCAUGGAGUUACAAAUUGAAAAUGGUAUUAAAAAUAUAGCCGGCAUCUGGCGUAAACAAUUGCUGGAAAUGGUUUUCUAUCGCGAUGGUAUUUAUAAAAUUAAAAGCGUAGAUGAAUGCACCCAAUUGCUAGAGGAACAUAUGGUACAACUUUCCGCCAUGAAAUCCACUAGAUUUGUAGAACCUUUUGCUGUGGUAGUAGAUUAUUGGGAGAAAACUUUAUCCUAUAUUUCGGAAACUUUGGAAAAAGCUUUAGUUGUUCAGCGUCAGUGGUUGUAUUUGGAAAAUAUUUUCACCGGCGAAGAUAUACGCAAACAAUUGCCCAAUGAAGCCAAACGUUUUGGUAUCAUAACUGAAGAAUUUAAAUCUAUAACAGAUAAAAUGUUUUCGGCGAAAACGGCCUUAAGAGCCACACAUUUUAGAAGACCCCCUUUUUUGUUAAACAGAUUUCAAAAAAUAGACGAAAGAUUGGAAACCAUACAGAGAGCUUUAGAAAUCUAUUUGGAAACUAAAAGACAAUUGUUUCCCCGUUUUUAUUUUAUCUCUAAUGAUGAUCUUUUGGAAAUUUUGGGCAACAGCAAGCGUCCAGAUUUAGUGCAGCUACAUCUAAAGAAACUCUUUGAUAAUCUGGUGAAAUUAGAACUCAAAAGAGUGGGUAAAACCCUUAAUCGUUGGCAAGCCUUGGGCAUGUAUGCCGAUGAUGGUGAAUAUGUGGAAUUCUUAAAUGUCAUUUAUAUAGAUGGUCCUUCUGAAAAAUGGCUUAAAAUUUUAGAGGACUAUAUGUUUGCUGUGCUCAAGGAACAGUUAAAACUAACGCGAUCUGCUUUAAAGAAAUUGGCCGGCAAUCGUGAAAAAUGGUUAUCCCUGUGGCCUGGACAAUUGGUUAAUACCACCUGUUUAAUAAAUUGGACUACAGAAUGUACACGCAGUUUAAUACAUUGCAAAACGGUGAAUCAAAAGAAACCUUUAAGAAAACUAAAAAGCAAACAAAGUAAAAUCUUGUCAAAACUUUCCGAGAUGAGCCGAAAAGAUCUAAGCAAGAUUAUGCGUUUAAAAGUUAAUACUCUAAUCACCGUAGAGAUACAUGGUCGUGAUGUUAUCGAACGUAUGUAUAAGAAUAAUUGCAAAGAUGUGGGUCACUUUGAAUGGUUUUCCCAAUUACGAUUCUAUUGGCAUCGUGAAACGGAGACCUGUGUGGUGAGACAAACAAAUACCGAACAUUGGUAUGGUUAUGAGUAUAUAGGCAAUUCGGGUAGACUUGUUAUAACACCACUAACCGAUCGCUGUUAUAUAACCCUAACCACAGCCUUGCAUUUGUAUAGAGGUGGUAGUCCUAAGGGGCCAGCGGGUACGGGUAAAACUGAAACUGUUAAAGAUUUGGGUAAAGCUUUAGGCAUGUGGGUUAUAGUUACCAACUGUUCGGAGGGUUUAGAUUUCAAGAGUAUAGGCAAAAUAUUUUCUGGUUUAGCUCAGACUGGUUCCUGGGGUUGUUUCGAUGAAUUCAAUCGCAUCAAUAUAGAAGUGUUAUCGGUUGUGGCUCAACAAAUUCUCUCUGUUAUAUCGGCCUUAACUGCCAAACAAACCGAAUUUCUAUUUGAGGGUCAAAUAAUCAAAUUAGUGCCUACGGUGGGUUUGUUUAUUACCAUGAAUCCCGGCUAUGCGGGUCGUACUGAGUUGCCAGAUAAUUUGAAAUCCAUGUUUCGUCCUAUAUCCAUGAUGGUACCCGAUAAUGUUAUCAUUGCCGAAAAUACUCUUUAUUCCGAUGGUUUCACUAACACCCGUAGUUUAUCACGCAAAGUCUAUACUUUAUAUGAGCUGGCCAAACAGCAACUGUCCAAACAAUAUCAUUAUGAUUUUGGUUUACGUUCCAUGGUGGCUUUACUGCGAUAUGCUGGACGUAAAAGACGACAAUUGCCACAGGCUUCCGAAGAGGAAGUGGUUUAUUUGGCCAUGCGUGAUAUGAAUGUGGCUCGUUUGACCGCUAAUGAUUUGCCCCUAUUCAAUGGCAUUAUGUCGGAUAUAUUUCCUGGAGUUGAUGUCCCUCUUAUAGAUUAUAGUGAUUUUAAGGAUGCCAUAGAAGAUGAACUUAAAGCCAAUGGUUUACAACUAAUACCUAUAGCCAUUAAAAAAGUCAUAGAGUUAUAUGAAACGAAAAAUUCUCGACAUUCUUCUAUGAUAAUAGGUGAUACCAAUACAGCUAAAUCGGUGACUUGGAAGUGUUUGCAGGGAGCUUUCAUAAGAAUGAAUAACAAUAAGAAAGCGGGUUGGCCCGCAGUAGUAGUUUACCCUUUAAAUCCUAAGGCCUUAAAUUUGGCAGAACUUUAUGGAGAAUAUAAUUUAGCUACCGGCGAAUGGUUAGAUGGGGUACUUAGUUCUAUAAUGCGUGUCAUAUGUGCCGAUGAAGAUCCUACACAAAAAUGGUUACUCUUCGAUGGUCCGGUAGAUGCAGUUUGGAUAGAAAAUAUGAACUCGGUCAUGGAUGAUAAUAAACUUUUGACUUUGGUUAAUAGUGAACGUAUUACGAUGCCGGCCCAGGUCUCCUUACUAUUCGAAGUGGCUGAUUUGGCUGUUGCCUCACCAGCUACAGUUUCACGUUGCGGCAUGGCUUAUAAUGAUUAUCGUGAUUGGGGUUGGCGUCCCUAUGUCAAGUCGUGGUUGGCCCAACAGAAGCCGGCAGAAUAUGUUAAAUUUAUAACGGAUUAUUUUGAUGAGUUUCUUGAUAAAUUAUUAAACUUUAAACAUUAUCAAUGUAAAGAGAUAGUGGAGACGAAUGAAUUGAAUACGAUUAUAUCCAUGUGUAAUCUAUUAGAGGGUUUUGCCACCAAACAGAAUGGUAUUGUAACGGGUAAUGAUGAGCUGUUGGAAAACAUGUCUAAACUAUGGUUUUUGUUUUCGAUGGUUUGGUCCGUUUGUGCCACUGUGGAUGAGGAUGGUAGAAAUAAAAUUGAUGCCUUUAUACGUGAAUUGGAUGGUAGUUUUCCGAUUAAGGAUACUGUUUAUGAUUAUUAUGUCGAUCCUAAUCAGAAAUCUUUCUUACCCUGGAAUAAUAAACUUUCGGAUAGCUGGAAAUAUGAUCAAGAAGCUGCAUUUUACAAAAUUAUAGUUCCCACCGUUGAUACAGUUAGAUAUGAAUAUUUAGUUUCAAAACUUUUGCAAGACGGUCGACCUGUACUUUUGGUGGGCAAUGUUGGUACUGGCAAAACUUCAACAGCUGUUAGCGUUAUGGAAUCAUGUGAUAAGGCAAAAUUUACCGUAUUCUCAAUAAAUAUAUCGGCUCAGACUACUGCCGCGGGCCUACAAGAAUCCAUAGAAAAUCGUACCGAAAAAAGAACCAAAACUCAUUAUGUACCGAUUGGUGGCAAGAAAAUGAUAUGCUUUAUGGACGAUUUCAAUAUGCCGGCUAAAGAUGUUUACGGUUCUCAGCCUCCACUCGAAUUGAUUCGACAAUGGAUUGAUUAUAAAUAUUGGUUUAAUCGUAGAAAUCAACAGAAAAUCUAUGUACUUAAUACAUUACUUAUGGCCGCUAUGGGUCCACCGGGAGGAGGUCGACAAAUUAUUUCCUCACGCACGAUGAGUAGAUUUUUUCUACUCAAUAUGACAUUCCCGACUGAAGAUAUUAUAAGUAGAAUAUUUGGCACUAUGAUACGACAAAAGCUACAGACAUUUUCCAAUGAAGUUCGUGAACUAUGGGAACAUAUUACCGAAGCUUCUAUACACAUCUAUCGCGAUGUGGUGGAUAAAAUGCUACCCACUCCUAAUAAGUCACAUUAUUUAUUCAAUCUUAGAGAUAUAUCGAAAGUAUUCCAAGGUUUAUUGCGCAGUAAUUCGGAGGUACAAGUUAAAAAAUCUCAAUUCUUAAGACUUUGGGUUCAUGAGUGUUUUAGGGUUUACUGCGAUCGCCUAGUAGAUGAUAAUGAUCAAGCUUGGUUUCAAAAUAAAGUCAAUGAGGUUUUGGGUAAAUAUAUGGAAAUAACUUUACACAGUUUAUGUCCCAAUAAGGUGGUGCCAAUUUUCGGUGAUUUUAUGAGCGCUCAAGGUUACUAUGAAGAUCUGUCCAAUGACAAAUUGAGAAUCUAUAUAAAUAAUCAAAUGUUGGAAUACAAUAAUUCCGGUAUGGCACGCAUGCAGUUGGUAUUUUUCAAAGAUGCUAUCGAACAUGUGGUCAGAAUUGUCAGGGUUAUAUCCCAACCUAGGGGGCAUAUGUUAAAUAUUGGCAUAGGUGGUUCUGGACGCCAGGUAUUGGUAAAACUUGCCGCUUUUAUAUUGGAAAUGGGUGUGUUCCAGAUCGAGGUAACCAAGAAAUACAAGACCCAGGAAUUUAGAGAAGAUUUAAAGACUUUAUAUAAAUUAACGGGGGUCAAGCAAAGAGCUACGGUAUUUAUUUUUAGUGGCGAACAAGUGGUGGAGAAUACAUUUUUGGAAAUCAUUAAUAAUAUGUUAAGUACGGCUGAAAUCAAUCUCUUUAAAGCCGACGAGUUUGAGGAGUUGAAAAACGAACUAGAAAGACCGGCCAAAAAGGCCAAUAUACAAUUGACCACCGAGGCUUUGUAUAAUUUCUUUAUGCAAAACGUACGCGAUAAUAUGCAUAUAGCUUUAGCCAUGAGUCCUAUAGGAGAAUCAUUUCGCUCGUAUUUAAGACAAUAUCCGGCUCUUAUAAACAACACUACGCCCAAUUGGUUUAGACUGUGGUCUCAGGAAGCUUUACUAGAAGUUGCCUCUACAUUUUUAACGGGUUUUAAGAUUAGUGUUCCGUCACCUGGCAAAGAAAACGAAAAAAAUCGCGACAGUUUAGUGGAGGCAACAGAAGUUACCUUACAGCGUGAAGUGGCCUAUAGCUUUUCCAUUAUUCACUCUAAUGUUACCGAAAUAUCGGACUUGAUGUUAAGAGAAGUUAAAAGGCAAAAUUAUGUUACUUCUCUUAACUAUUUGCAGUUGGUAAGUGGUUUUAAAGAACUUCUCGAGCAGAAAAGAUAUGAAAUAUCUUCCAGUGCCAAUAAGCUAAGAAAUGGUUUAUCCAAGAUAGCCGAUACCCAGGAAAAAGUAAGUGGCAUGUCGGAAGAACUUAAGGUUAGUUCGGCCCAAGUAAAAGUUUUAGCUGUAGAAUGUGAAGAAUUCAUAGCGAUUAUUGAAACUCAAAAGGCUGAAGCUACCGAACAAAAAGAAAAAGUCGAUUCAGAGGCGGUUGUAAUAAAAAAAGAUGAGGUUAUAUGUUUGGAAUUGGCUGCCACAGCGAAGGCCGAUUUAGAUGUGGUAUUGCCCAUGAUCGAUGCUGCUGUUAAGGCUUUGGAUGCUUUAAAUAAAAAAGAUGUUGCCGAAGUUAAAUCGUAUGGUAAACCACCCAUGAAAAUCGAAAAAGUUAUGGAAGCAGUAUUGAUUUUAUUGGGCAAGGAUCCAACUUGGGAAAAUGCUAAAAAAGUUUUGGGAGAGGCUACCUUUUUGAAUGAUCUCAAAAAUUUCGAUCGUGAUAAUGUUUCGGAUAAAACUUUAAAGCGUAUAGCUUUAUAUACUAAAAAUCCAGAAUUGGAACCCGACAAGGUGGCUGUAGUUUCCUUAGCCUGUAAAUCAUUAAUGCAAUGGAUAUUGGCUAUAGAAAACUAUGCCAAAGUCUAUCGUAUAGUGGCGCCUAAACAAGAGAAAUUGGAUAAUGCCAUGCGUUCUUUGGCAGAGAAACAGGCUCUGCUGGCGGCAGCUAGAGCUAAACUGGAAGAGUUAAAUGCCAGACUGGCCGAACUUUAUCGCCAAUUGAAUGAGAAAACUGAACUUUUAAAUGAACUGAGAGCAAAAGAAGAGAAAUUGCGUAAACAGCUGGAGAGAGCUAUAAUAUUGGUGGAAUCUUUGGCGGGAGAAAGAGAACGUUGGAUUGAUACAGUGGCUAAUUUGGAUGCUCAAUUUGAGAAGUUACCCGGUAAUUGUUUGAUAUCUACAGCUUUUGUCUCUUAUUUGGGACCUUUUGAUACUAAAUAUCGGGAAAUUCUGCUGGAUAAAUGGUUAAUACUCAUAAAAGAGAGACAAAUACCCUCAUCCGAAGAAUUAAAAGUUACCUCCUUUCUCUUGGAUGCCGUAACCGUAAGAGAGUGGAAUAUACAAGGUCUGCCGGCAGAUGAUUUCAGCACUGAGAAUGGCAUGAUUGUAACUAAGGGAAGUCGUUGGCCCUUGAUUAUAGAUCCCCAAAUGCAGGCCAAUACUUGGAUAAAGAACUUUGAACAAGAUAAUGAUUUAAAAGUUAUAGAUUUUGGCCAAUUGGAUUAUUUAAAAACUUUGGAGUUAUCACUGCAAAACGGACAUCCCGUGUUAUUGCAAAAUGUGGGAGAACAUAUAGAUCAGACCAUAAACCCUAUACUGAAAAAGAUGUACAUUAUACAAAGUGGUCAGAAAUUAAUUAAAUUCAAUGAUAAAUUUAUUACUUUUCAUGAUAAUUUCCGUUUAUAUAUAACCACGAAAAUAACUAAUCCUCAUUAUCCACCGGAAAUUUCCUCCAAGACUACCAUAGUUAAUUUCGCCUUAAAACAGGAUGGUUUACAGGCCCAACUGCUGGGCAUUGUGGUGCGUAAAGAAAAGCCCGCUUUAGAGGAACAAAAAGAUGAAUUGGUCAUGACUAUAGCACGCAAUAAGAGAACUCUAAUUGAUUUAGAUAAUGAGAUAUUGAGAUUGUUAAAUGAAAGUAAAGGUUCGAUACUGGAAGAUGAUGAAUUAUUUUCAACCUUACAAAAAUCUCGACAAACUUCGGCCUUGGUUAAGGAAUCGUUAAGUACGGCCGAGGUGACAGAGAUAGAAAUAGAUACUGCUAGACAAGAAUAUCAACCAGCAGCUGAACGUGCUUCGAUAUUAUUCUUUGUUUUAAUGGAUAUGUCUAAAAUAGAUCCCAUGUAUGUGUUUUCUUUGGCGGCAUAUAUAUUGCUAUUUACUCAGUCCAUAGAGAAGAGUCCCCGACAUUUGAAUGUUAAAGAGCGCAUUGUUAAUAUUAAUGAUUUUCAUACCUAUUCGGUUUAUAAGAAUACUUGUCGUGGUUUAUUUGAAAAACAUAAACUAUUGUUUUCCAUACACAUGUCGGCUCAGAUAUUGGCAAAUGCGGGCAAGUUAGUAGAGGCGGAAUAUGAUUUUAUUCUAAAGGGUGGUAUAGUUUUAGAUAAACUGGGUCAACCACCAAAUCCUGCUGCACAUUGGAUUAGUGAACAAUCCUGGGAUAAUAUCACGGAAUUGGAUAAAGUGGCGGGGUUUCAUGGCAUUAUCGAUUCUUUUGAACAAAAUUCUAAGGCUUGGCAAAUUUGGUAUGCCACCACCAGCCCCGAAGUGGAAGAUCUUGUGGGUGAAUGGAAUGAUAAAUUAACUGAUUUCCAAAAGAUUUGUGUUGUCAGAUGUCUAAGAGCCGAUCGCAUACAAUUUUGUCUAACACAAUUUAUUGUCAACUCUUUGGGACCGCGCUUUAUAGAACCACCUGUUUUAGAUUUAAAAGUGGCCUUUGAAGAAUCUCUACCACAAACUCCUUUAAUUUUUGUCUUAUCACCGGGUGUAGAUCCCACUCAAUCACUUUUGACACUAGCCGAACAAGUAAAAAUGUCUUCGCAUAUAUUUUCUCUGAGUUUGGGUCAAGGACAAGCCCCCGUGGCCACAAAAAUGAUAAUGGAUGGUAUACGAGAGGGCAACUGGGUAUUUUUGGCCAAUUGUCAUUUAUCCCUCAGUUGGAUGCCUACUUUAGAUAAAAUAAUAGCCACUAUACAGACCAUGAAAAUUCAUAAAAGAUUUCGUUUAUGGUUAAGUUCCAGCCCACAUCCAGAUUUUCCCAUAUCGAUUUUACAAAUCAGUAUUAAAAUGACCACAGAACCCCCCAGAGGUAUAAAGGCCAAUAUGAAGCGUCUGUACAGCAAUGUGAAUGAAGGAAAUUUUGAUUUAGCCAAUGAUUGUGGCAAAUAUAAAAAGCUUUUAUUCUCUCUAUGUUUCUUUCACACUAUACUAUUGGAACGUAAAAAGUUUUUGCAAUUGGGUUGGAAUGUUAUCUAUAGUUUUAAUAAUUCAGAUUUUGAAAUAUCGGAGAUCCUACUACUUUUAUAUUUAAACGAAUAUGAGGACACCCCCUGGGAUGCUUUGAAGUAUUUGAUAGCUGGUGUAAAUUAUGGUGGACAUGUGACCGAUGAUUGGGAUCGUAGAUUGCUAACCACGUAUAUCAAUCAGUAUUUUUGCAAUGAAGCUUUAAAUAUAUCCAAAUUUAGACUAUCAUCCCUGGCUAAUUAUUUUAUACCACCCGAGGGUGAUUUACAGUCCUAUCAUGAUCACAUACAACAGUUUCCCAAUUUUGAUAAACCCGAAGCUUUUGGUCAACAUUCUAAUGCCGAUAUUGCUUCUCUAAUUGGCGAAACUCGUCUACUUUUUGCCACUUUGAUUUCUAUGCAAGUUCAAACUUCAACAUCGGAAGGUGAAAGUAAAGAGUCUAAGGUUUUGCGCCUUGCUCAAGAUAUAGCUCAGAGUACACCCAAGGAGUUGAACUAUGAGCAAACCGCUAAAUUGGUGGGUUUAAAUCGUUCGCCCUUAGAAGUUGUCUUACUGCAGGAAAUGGAACGUUAUAAUGUUCUAUUAAGAAAUAUGAAAAUACAUUUAAGAGAUCUUCAGAAAGGCAUACAAGGUUUGGUGGUCAUGAGUACUGACUUGGAAGACAUAUAUAUAGCGGUUUAUGAGGGUCGCGUGCCCUCCUUAUGGUUGAAGUCUUAUCAAUCUGAAAAACCUUUGGCUUCCUGGUCUCGUGAUUUAGUCUUUAGAAUUGAACAUUUCGCCAACUGGGCUAAGACCCUUAAGCCACCCACUCUUUUCUGGUUGGCGGCCUAUACAUUUCCUACCGGUUUCUUAACAGCUGUUUUACAAACUUCCGCCAGAGCCACUCGCACUCCUAUUGAUGAAUUGAGUUGGGAAUUUUCUGUUUUUGUCGAAGAAGAUGCUGCCGCUGCUCGUAUUGUACGAGAGGGUGGUGGCGUAUAUGUGCGUGGCCUUUUUUUGGAGGGUGCCGGUUGGUUGCGCAAAGCUCAGUGUCUUACUGAACCUCUACCCAUGGAAUUAGUUUCCUCUAUGCCUGUUAUACACUUUAAGCCUGUGGAACAAUUGAAAAAGAAAACUAAGGGAAUUUAUUCAUGCCCCGCCUAUUAUUAUCCUCAAAGGUCAGGUUCAUUUGUUAUUGCAGUAGAUUUGAAAUCGGGCAAUGAGAAGGCAGAUCAUUGGAUUAAGCGUGGUACUGCUUUGUUGUUGAGUUUGAGUAAUUAAUUGUUUAUGUUGUUGUUUAUUUAUGAGAUUUUCUUCUUAAAUAAAUUUGAAAAAAAAUUGA